CUGAUCCCAUGCCAACCCGAACCCAGUGACUUUUCUAAUUGAGCGCUGCUUCAUCCUUUGGCACCUUUAAGACCUUUUUGUGUUUUAUUAUGACCGCGUGACUUUCUUUUUUGUUCUCAUGUAAUCGAACUUGUCCGCUUCCAAACUCGAAUCAAAUCUAGUGGGUGACCACAUUUCAUCUCAUUUUCUUUCCUUUUAAUUUCACCGUGUUCAUUUCUCUUGUGCCGCUGGAAGAGUCACGUCGCCUUGCAACGUGACCCGUUAGAAAUCAAUGAGAGCCACUAAUAGGCCCUACAAUGCAUACGCACAGUUAUAAUAAUCAGGAUAGGGAAGCUGGACUCAACCAGCGAAACGACUCCCACCAGCAGCUGAUGCCGGAGAAGAUGGAGGGGAUAAGGAGGCGGAAGCUAAGCGGAGAAUUGGCCCCAUUCAACUCGGUUAACAAAGACAACCUGCCCGACGACCUGAAUCUAUACUCUACUACCCUCUUCUCUUCUUUGAUGAAGAAUCCACUGGUUUAGACGAAGGCCAUUGACAACAAGAGACUUGAUUCCAAAUAAAAGGAAAUUUCUCUCUUCAUUUUGCUGCGCUGUUUCGUUGCGAUUCUGGAGAUUGUUGGGAUGAGCCUUCAGUCGACGAAAGUUCACCUAAACGACCAGUCCUGUUAUUACCCAGUUUGUUCCUCAAAGAUUCACUUCGCCUUUUUUAAUUCUGCCAUCACAUCAUCACUUCGCAACCCAAACACGGGAUGGAUAGAUUUCUUGGUCGUCCGUUCGGGAGAAAGUUUUUUUGAUGAAUUCGCGGCGUAUAGAUUUUCAAAGUGAACCCGACGCUUAAUUUGAUAGCCUACUGCCCUGAUUUUCUAGCACGUCGCUACUAUCUAUUUUCAUUGUUAUUAACUGCGUGUUACCAAAAACACUACGGUAUAUCUAAUAACACAAAGCUUGAUACAUUUGGCCCAAGCUUGAUCGGGUGUCACGAAUCGUCUCGUGUAUAGUGCCCGUUAUUGUUCGCUUGGUAUUAUUAUUCUAAAACGCGCUUUGUUGCCCUCAGGGCGUGAGAGAAGUAUAAUGUUCCACAGGAUCUGUAGUAUACGGAGACUGUAGUAGCCCUACCUCCGGUCCCGCUGUAUUGGCUCCACCCAUUUUCCACUGUUAUCGAAUUUUUUGAUUCGACUUUUCGUUAUUUGUUUGUGUUUUAUCCGAUUUUUUGUUUUCAAAAUUGUUCACACCCUCUCAAGCACGCCUCUAAUUGCUUUAUUACUGCUAGAGACUAAAGAUAAGGCUCUUUUGGUAUAAAUACUGCACACCGUCGACCACACAAACCAAUUCUCUAACCGACUCGACUUGCAGCACAACAACAACAACACUAUUGGUCGAUCCUUUUUGAAUUGUUUAUCGAUUCCCUUUUUGAUUCAUUUUGAUAGUGAACUGGUUUCAACACAUCCGCCACAUCCUGCUGACUUCAAGGAGAAUUUAUUACAAUUCAGAAAAUGAUGACGACGACGUCGAAAACGUGUGCUAUGCUGAUUAUGGUGCUGGCGCCUAUUUUGUGGACUUUGCUCCUAUUCUCUCCGUCCACUCCGGUAGUGCAGACAGCCGUAUUACAUCCGUCGGGUGGAUUUCAACCGUCGCUUGGACUUGGAUUAGACUACGGCAGAUUGGAUGCACCGCUUCCGGCUCUCGGGGCGGAUUACAAUGCAGGAAAAGAUGCUUGCGCUUUGGUGCUUAGCCGUUCCAGCCUUUACGAUCACACACAAUCCAUCUUCUUCGGUGUGGGUUCUGGCUAUGGAGAAAAUUGCAUCACCUAUUCGGCUGUCGAUCAUGCUCUGGCGCAAGCUCUUCAUUACCUGCGCAUUGAAACGCCGGAAGAAGAAUGGAUGCCGGAGCAGUUGGCUACGGUCGGCGAAGUCUUUCUAGAAACAGCUCGCAUCCUUGCCAGAAGGUACGGCCUGACACCGCACGAGAUCGAAAACCAACUUCCGCUUUUGGACACCCACAAGACGAACCUGCUCAAGUACUGCCCCGAUUUCAUGUCGCCACUCCACUGCACGCCCGGCAAGUACCGGCGAUUCGACGGCUUAUGCAAUAACCUCCAAAACCCCACAUGGGGUGCCCGGCUCACUACAUUUACCAGAUUACUGCCGCCAGCUUACAGCGACGGCAUCUCGGAGCCGCGCAUCGGCUACGGUGGCCUGCCGUUGCCCGGCGCCCGCUCAGUCACGUCACUCGUGCAUAUCGAGGAAACUCUCAACGAUCACGCCGCCACAACUUUAGUGGUCUCUUGGGGACAGUUUAUGGAUCACGACUUUACCCUGACGGGCACCAUGCUGAAUCCGCUGGAUCGCAAUGAAUUCGAAGAAUGCUGCCGACCGCCUCUGGGUUCCCCGCCCAACAAAUAUUGUUUCAACAUCGACGUGCCGGCCAACGACGAAUUCUUCAGCCGAUUCGGUGUGCGCUGCAUCGAUUUCGUUCGCGGAUUCCCCGGCGUUCGUCACGGUUGCCGAUUAGGUUCUAGGACUCAAUUCAAUCUGCUAACUGCAACGAUCGACGCCAACACUGUUUACGGCGUCAGAGAAUCGUUCGCCAGGUCACUACGUUCCGGUUAUGGUGGACAACUCAGAAUGAAUCCGGUCUUGAGACCUUAUGGGCUGAUGGAUCUCCUUCCAGCCAAGACGGACAUCCCCGAUGAGGGUUGUACUCAUCGAGCCGAAAAUGGCAACAAGUUCUGUUUCGACGGCGGCGAAAUCCGAGUCAACGAACAACUCAUUCUAACGUGCAUGCACACCUUGUGGGCACGUGAACACAAUCGAAUCGCCACCGAAUUGCAUCGCAUCAAUCCUCAUUGGGACGACGAAAUCCUUUACCAGGAAGCGAGAAAUAUUGUCAUCGCCAUGAUCCAGCACAUUACCUACAACGAAUUCUUGCCCGUCGUGCUGGGCAAAGACAUGAUUGCCAAGUUUGGUCUCCUACUCCAGAAAGAGGGUUACUGGAACGGAUACGACCAAACGGUCAAUCCGGGCAUCAUGGCCUCAUUCGCCGCAGCAGCUUUCCGUUUCGGCCACACCAUUCUGCCGACUAAUGUCGAACGAUGGAGCAAAGCCCAUCGCUACGUCACGCAUACUCCGCUAGCGGACCUGAUCCGUCAACCCUAUCAGCUCUACGAGCCUGGCGUGCUGGACGAGUACUACAUUGGAAUGACGAACCAGCCCGCUUUAGCCUUUGACAAUUUCAUUACGGCUCAAGUCACCACCCUGCUGUUCCGCAAACCGGGAGAGCGACAUGGUGUCGACCUGACGGCCUUCAAUCUCCAGCGCAAUCGAGAAGUGGGAUUGCCCGGCUACACGGAAUUCCGCAAAUUUUGCGGCUUAUCCCCCGUCCACACCUGGGAAGACCUUCUCGGCUCGAUGAGCAACGACACAGUUUAUCGCUACGCCGCCACUCUGAGAACUCCGCACGACAUCGACCUGUGGUCCGGUGGUGUGUCGGAACGGGCUUUGCCGGGCAGUCUUCUAGGUCCCACCUUUGCUUGUGUCAUUGCCACGCAAUUCAGCAGCGUUCGCGUUGGCGACCGCUUCUGGUACGAACUGGACAACCAGCCGUCGUCUUUCACUCCGCAGCAGUUGGAAGAGAUCCGCAAAACACGUUUGGCUCGCGUACUUUGCGACAAUACCGAUCUGAUCCAGACCAUCCAGACCUACCCACUCGUGCUGCCUGACCACGAAAUCAAUCCCCGAGUCAGUUGCAAAUCUUCCAUCAUUCCGUAUGUUGAUCUGACCAAAUGGGCCGAUCCUCACAACUCGCACGUACCGAAAACACCAACUCUAGUCCAACCCAUACCCCACGGCCAUCAUGCUGCUCAUAUCGGCUCGGGCAAUCCAAACAAGGACGGGAUAACAGUCAAUCAAGUGGCCAUUCACAUGCUGAGAGAAGCUUUGAGCAGUGGCGUCUACGCCGGCCAGUUUACCGGUCCUCAUCGUUCGCCGCUGUAUCCUCAUUCCGGUAAAGUGAAGCCGACCCCGACUCGCCGUCCUGUCGUCCUCAGCCAAGAAUACAUCGACAACCUCAACGCGUAUCUCAUUGGAGCCGGUUUCCCGGGACUGAACGGUCUGUACAACAUCCUCACUCACGUGCCCAACAAUCUUUACAAAAGGACGGCCAACUCGAGCGACUUUUUCGGCGAUUACGCUCCUUAUGCGCCCAAACAGGCUGCCGAGUAUCGUACAGACAUGGACGAAGUCGUCGAAACGGCAAUGCACGGCCCUCUCAAUUACAAGGAGAAAUUCGCCAUCAACAAGUUUGUUCCUAUCGAGGGACCAUACGGCAAAUUCGAUUUGCAAGACUUUGUCAACCUAGCCGAACAUUUGAUCAAAACCAGCAACCAAUUACCUGUAGCAGCCAAUCAAGUGAAAGAAGACAAUCACUUUGAUGCAGAUUCACCCAACCUUCUCAACAAUGUGGGCACUGCCAACGCUCGUACCAUUUCCAGUUCCAGUAGUACGACUAACAACCUGAAAAAGCCAUCAGUCACCACCGAUAGGAAAGUCGGCAGUUAUCGGAGUCGCAGUCGUAAUGGUCGCACUAAACGAGCUGAAAAUAAUAAGGAAAAGAAUAAGAAUGCCGAUGAGGAGCUGGCAGAUUCUUCGCUAGUGCCCCUUGACGUAUCCAACUAUUCGAAACCGUCACGAUUGGACAUUUUCUUACCCGAGUUCAUAGUCGACCACGUUGAAUCUUACGCAGCAACGCAAAAUAAUAAGAGCGCCGAGGUUGUCGAUCAAGUCAUCCAUGCGGAAGAGAAGCGAGCCGCCGAACAUCAGCAAAUCGAAGCAGACAUGCAGAAGGCGGUCGAAGCCAUGAAAAACCUGGAAGAUUCCUACAAGGUUUUGCACGAGCAGAUCGAGGCGACACGAAAAUUGUUCCCUGGCGGUGAGGAUCCGGCUCACAAAACAUUGGAUGACAUCCUCUCCAACGCUUCCACUCCCAGGUCAUCUGCCUUUGAGGGUGAUUCACCAUCGACUGCUGAUGCUAGCUAACUUAAAUCAUGACCUUUCGGCAGUCUUCAGUCAUCAGCCCUGCUACAUUAAUCAUAUCAUUUUUCAGUAAUAUACUCUAUAGUCUAUCAAUUUUAUAUUAUAAACGUCUGCGUCUCUUCAUCAGCUCGCGCAUACGAUUUUUCCAUCUUCUACUAACUCUGAUUGGGUUUGGUCAGGUUCCGUAGCUGUGCACUAUACUCAAAGAGCUUGGGCUACAUAAAUUAAAUAUUUCGGUAUCUACAAAAAUCGUUUUGAGUAAAAACAAAGGCUCGUGAUUUUUUUCCCUUAAUAAUUAUGUUCGACUUUUAUACUUAAUUUUUAUCGUUGAUGAAUAUAUUGAUCGCAUGACAAUUAAAUUCAAUCAUACAGGAAGAACUUUCAACGCCAAACAUUUUAGGGAUUCGGGGUCCCGUGCAGAGCGUCUAUAUUCGAUACUCUUUGAGUCUUGACUUGACCAAAACAUGUGCUAUUCUUUCUUGUAACAGCUAAAAUGAUGAAUUUUGAAUUUUUGAUUUAACAUACAUACACAGAGUUCUUUUAACGAAAAGAAAAAGGUUUAAACUUUAAUCCCGCAUCCCCCAUUUUCAAACCACAUUCCCAUUUCAAUCUGAGGUUAUAUUUUCAUAAUCUAAGCUAUUUGAAAAUUUGUUUUUGUUAUAAUGUCACAGGUCUCAAACGACUGUCUCGACAUCAUCAUGCUGUUUAUUUAUUUUAUUUUGGCACGAUUCAAACAGGCUCACUCGUGAAAUUAAGAAGGCUUCGUCUAAACGUGCGCAUCAAUCCCGUAAAGUGAAUCUAUUUGACCGUCUGAAAUUCUUUCGAUGAAUGAUUAGUAAAGGUAUUUAUGCAUA